AUGUCGUCUAGCAUGUCCGGACUUGUGCUCAUUCUGAUCGUUGCUGUUGCUCAUGCAGCUCUGUUCAUCGACGAUGAUAACAAGAUGGUGGCUAAGACGAACAACCAAUUUGGCCCAUAUGUCGCAGAAAUUGACAAACUGAAAAGGUCGUUCGGUCGCAACUGCAUGUUCACCAUCUCGGGUUGCUUCACUUCAUCGCAAGCAGAACGCUAUCGGAAAUACAUGGAAAACGUCAGAUUCAUCCCAAAGUAA